CACACUUGUCAUUAGUCAUUUUUUACACAAUAAACGUAAAUUAAGCGAAUUACAAAAGCUGUUUGAGAGCUUCAAGCAGAAUAAAAAAGGAUUCAGCCGCCCAAAAGACAUUUGAAGAAAAGCUCAAAAGGCUUCUGCAGGGGAUAGAAACUAAAAAGCUCGCCUUUAAAUCACCGUGACGCACCAAAAAUCGAUUGCUCAGACAAAACAAUAGGCAAAAAACCAGACAAAGAUUGGAUUGGUUUGGAUUUUAUUGACCCCGGGGCAACACAGAUUGUUGGCAGAUAGCAGAGCGAACUUUUGGUCAUAAAGAUGGGAAUCUUUGGGCAGUCGUCGCCAUUCGACGCCGACGUGGAAAAAGCCACCAGCGAGACUAACACCAACGACGAUUGGUCUUUGAUUUUGGAUGUCUGCGACAAGGUUUCUACUAAUCCUCGUCAGGCUAAGGAUUGCUUGAAAGCAGUGAUGCGGCGCAUGGGCCACACCGAUCCUCAUGUGGUGAUGCAAGCGAUUACCUUGCUGGAUGCCCUAUCCAAUAACUGCGGAAAACCCCUUCAUUUGGAGGUGGCUUCACGAGAUUUUGAGACCGAAUUCCGCCGGCUACUUGCAAAGGCUCAGCCAAAGGUUUCAUUGAAAAUGCGACAAGUGCUGAAGAACUGGGCUGAUAACGACUACAAAAAUGAUCGGGAGCUGGACUUGAUACCCGCGCUCUAUACCAAGCUGCGCCUAGAGGGCUACGAUUUCAAGAAUCUGGGUGAUAAGGGCAGCAAGACAGCUGCCGAAAAGGCCGCCGCUCUGCCCAAGGAUCCGAAUGUCGUUAGCAGUCAGCAGGAGGAGGACGACAUCGCCAAAGCCAUCGAAUUGUCGCUGAAGGAGAACAAGGGAAGUCCCAAGACUGGUGGCGGAUCAAAUGCCACCACCACCACUGCCUAUCCCUCGUUGUAUCCCUCUUUCGGUGGAGCAUCCUCAAGUGCACCAAGCGAGGCGAACACCGCACCUGCUCCGGAACCGAGAAAGGUCCGCGCCUUGUACGAUUUCGAGGCGGCUGAGGAGAAUGAGCUUACCUUCUUCGCGGGUGAGAUUAUUCAUGUGCUAGAUGACAGCGAUCCCAACUGGUGGAAAGGUUACAAUCAGCGGGGAGAAGGCCUUUUCCCUUCAAACUUUGUUACUGCUGAUUUGUCCGUUGAUCCUGAACGUUUGGACAUUAAUCAGCAGCAUAAGUCUGCUGCCGCCGCUGGGCAACGAGAGUUAGACUCAGCUGCGGCACUGCAGCAAAAGACUGAAGCGGCAGCAGCUGCCGCCGCAGCUCAGCCUGUGGAGAUCGACGAGUCAAAGAUCGACCGCCUGCUGCAUCUACUGCACGAAGCCAAUCCCGAGGAUCCCUCGCAGGACAGCGACGAGAUGUUGCAGCUUGAACAGGAAGUUCAUCAGAUGGGUCCCCUGAUCGAUGCGGAACUGGAACGCGUGGACCGCAAGCACGCCCAGCUUACGCAGCUGUCUAGUGACCUCGUGGACGCCAUCAAUUUGUACCAUACCCUGAUGCGGGAUGAUCGGGUUGCCGCAGGACAAUUCGCAGCUGCUGCUGGUGGUUAUAUGCCUGGACUGGCUGGCUUUCCAGGUGCCGCAUUGUAUGGAGCUCCAGGUUAUCCUGCAGCUGGUGGAUUCCCUCCGGCCCAGAACUAUCCGGGCAUGCACUCGGUGCCUUAUGGCCCUGUACCAAAUCCGCCCACUGGUGCUCCAUCGCAGGCCCCUGGAGUUCCUGGUGGCUAUUUAGGGCAACCGCAGGGACAGGUGCCUUUACCCUAUCACAAUGGUCACGCCGCACAGAUGAAUUCGCUGCCAACCCAUCUGACUCAACAAGCUAGCACGGCACCCUUGGCCCAGCCCAUCUAUACUCAGCCCUCUCCAGUGACCACCCAGCAACAGCAGCCACUUCCCCAACACCCUCAGCAGCCACCACAGCAUUCCCAGCAACCACCACAGCAUCCCCAGAACAGCUACCACAUCGACCCCCAGUCGCAGUACGCCCAAGUUCCGCCCGCAGUCACACAAAUCCAGCAGCCGCAGCAGCCUCCAGCUCCCCACGCCUAUAUGUCGCCGCAACAUCAGCAGCCGCCGCCUCCACAGGGAUACCAGCCAGGACCAAAUCUGUAUGCACCAAACGGAUCACCAGCCGUCAACCCACAAAGCUAUAUGCCACCUCAGCAGCAUCAACAACAACAGCAGGCGCCACAGCAGCACCCACCACACGAUCAGUUCAGUCAGCUGCACCAGCAGAUGGCCGCCAUGUCAAUGACUGGAGGUCCACCAGUUGGGGCACCCGGCUAUCACAUGCAGAACGAUGCUGUCAAGAACAACAUUCCUAUCUACCAGCAGCAGCGGUAAAGCCGCUGGAAUACAAAGGAGCCCUUUACUUGGUUUGCUUAAGUUUAGUCAAAAACGAACUUUUCCUCCAGUCUGUCAAAAGGAUGCAAGUAUGGUAAUUUCGGAUACUUUGAAGAUGAACGAAACUUGUCAAAUCUCUACUAUGUAUAUUUUGUGAGGGCCGAAAAAAGCAAUUGUCAUUAAACCAAAAAUUUCGACGUUCCUUAAAAAUAUUGAGAGAAGCCAAAUUAAUUUAAAAAGUGUUUUAUCACAUUUUGCGUUUUCUUUUUUUACAUCUUAUUUUGGCCAAAAUGUUGUGCAUCCAAAUAAUAUAUUUUUAUGGAAAAACGGUAAACGAGUCGAAAAUAUAUAUACCAUAUAAAUAUUCUAUAUUCAACACCAUGUAUAACUUUGUAUUUAGUGCAGGAGAGAUAACUAUUAUGUAUUAUGUUUAUUGUACGGAUUAUAUGAUAACAUUAACGAAACGAAUCACAUUCAUUAAAAUCAUUAAAAUAUACUAAGAAAA